GAGAUUUGUGCGUGGUCUCGUGGUAUGCGCUUUUAACGUUGUCUUUACCCCAAUAUCUACUCUGCAACCCAUUUUGGUACACCAAUAUCCGCUGCCUACCUUGACUAUUAGAUCGAGUAGACUGAGUUCCUACGGGUAGUCGUAAAGCCUCGAGAAAAAAAGUGGAAAUCGAUCAAUUGAGCGCGUCAAUCGCCCGAAUGUUUAGGUCUAGCGAAACCGGGCCUUUCUAUGUGUCGAUGCUUCGUCCACGACAACUACACUAUAACUGUUCUGUACCGGCCUGCCAAGAGCCAAGGCAACGCCCGCUCCCCAUGCUAUUUGAUCUUGAAUGUGUAUUCAUUGACUCGCAGUCAUGAGGCCUGGUGAGAUCGGUUGAUUGUUAGACACGGCGAGUUCUAUCUGCAUCACGUUUCGGAUAACGCUGGCGGCAGAACCUUCAACUCCAUGGCCCGAGCUCUAAACGCUGUGCCGAAAAUUUCAAGAGCCAGAGAUUGCGUAGCGCCCCGAAUCACUGCCGGCCCAUUCGCGGAAUGUGGCCGUCGGACGUCCAUGGUAAGUGACGAUACGGAGCGCAUGUCAUUACGAGUCAGGGAAAGGGUGCAGCACCCAAGAAUGGAAGCUAUUGAAAGCCUGCCCACAGGCGACUGGCUUAUGCAUUCCGCUCAGCAUUCGCUGUUUACAAGAAGAGGAAGUCAUGAUUGACAUUUCCCGGGAGACUCCACUAGGCACCGGCGCCGGUGCUUGACUCCGGCUCGGCAGGAACUGGGGCCGUACAUGUGGAGUCGACGUUACAUCGGCACCCUGAUGCGAACGAUUCAGGGGCAGAGAUCGGAAUGCCCGGAGAACGUUUGCUCGGAGAAAUUCUUGGCUCCGCGCGCCGCUUGUGUGGCAUGCAAGACAAGGGUCUCACGCGCAGCUCCAUCCUCACGAAUGCGUAGGAGGACAGUCUUUAUUGGUUCGCGCAUUCAAUGCAUGUCUCUCACUUGCAAACACGGCAUCUCAACCCGCGGCACAUUUUGAUGUAAGCUUGCGGCGUUCUC